AUGCGAGAAGAUCUAUUAUUUUUCUUCAUUUUUCUGCCUUUCGUAAGUUUGUGGGCCUAUCUGGAUACAAUGUUUUUAAAGAUUUUUUCAUUAACGAAUUCAAAAAUUUUCAGAUAUUAGCCACAAAUAUAAUAAAAUUGCAAGAUGGUUCACCAUUAUUUGGAGAAGAAGUUCUAGCACCAACUGGCAAACCUUUGACACGAUUUCUAGGUAUACCAUUUGCGGAGCCACCCAUAAAUGAGCUACGAUUCCGGAAACCUCGUGAAAAACGACCAUGGCGGACGGUGCUCAACGCUACUGUCCCACCAAACAGUUGUAUACAAAGUGAGGACACAUAUUUUGGGACAUUUUAUGGAUCAACAAUGUGGAAUCCGAAUACACCAAUUUCUGAAGAUUGUCUCUAUUUGAAUGUGUAUGUUCCUGGAACUGUGGAUCCGAAUAAGAAAUUAGCGGUCAUGGUUUGGGUUUAUGGUGGAGGAUUUUGGUCGGGAACAAGUACGCUUGAUGUUUAUGAUGGUCGAAUUUUUUCUACGUAAGUUUUGGGAUAGAAACAAAGUUCCAUUUUGUGAAAAAAAAAACAUUACCAUAUUCUACAGCUACUAAACAUUUUUACUUUGUAGUUUCUAAAUCUUUCAAUAUCUCAAAAGUACCAUUUUCCAGAGAAGAAAACGUAAUAAUAGUUGCAAUGAAUUAUCGCGUAUCAAUUUUCGGUUUUCUAUAUAUGAAUAGAGAAGAAGCUCCAGGAAACAUGGGAUUAUGGGAUCAAUUGAUGGCGUUGAAAUGGGUACGGAGAAAUAUUCAAAAUUUUGGAGGAGAUCCGGAACGUAUCACAUUAUUUGGUGAAUCAGCUGGGGCUGCUUCAGUCAGUAUACAUAUGCUAAGUCAUCAAAGUACACCAUAUUUCCAUGUGAGUUGAAUCGAAAUUUUCUUUGUAUUACUUUUGUUCUCAAAAGUGUUCCCAAAAUAGUGUUAGUUUUUAAAAAUUAUUCCCAACAGGUGUAGAAUGUGACAAUUUUCACACCCUUCCCUUUUCCUAUUAUUUUUAUGCUAGUUCUCCUUUCCCGUGAAACGUCGGCCACAUGGAUAGCCAUACCUAUAUAACUAGAAGUGUAUGAUUAGUUUUCGUUCUUCCGAGAACAUAUACUAAAAUUGGAACAAUACAGAGAAGAUUAGCAUGGCCCCUGCGCAAGGAUGACACGCAAAUUCGUGAAGCGUUCCAAAUUUUUUGUCAAAUUUUUGAUAAUUUUAGUCUCAUUGAUUUUUACAAAAGUUCAUUGAAUAAAAUAUUUGGGUAGAUACAUUUUUAUAAUAAUUAACAUCAAAUAUCCAUUUUCAGCGCGCCAUUCUCCAAUCCGGUUCAGCCACUUCGCCAUGGGCAAUUGAGCCAAGAGAUGUAGCUCUAGCUCGCGCUGUUAUUUUAUACAAUGCUAUGAAAUGUGGAAAUAUGUCUUUGAGCAGCCCAAAUUAUGACCGAAUUUUGGAAUGUUUUCAAAGAGCAGAAGCAGCUGAUUUAAAGUGAGCAAUGUUUUUCAUUAAUUUCUUAUAUGAAUUGAAUUCAGAGAAAAUGAGUGGGCUCCGGUUCGAGAAUUUGGCGAUUUUCCGUGGGUUCCUGUUGUCGAUGGUGAUUUUUUGUUGGAAAGCGCGCAAACAUCGCUGAAACGCGGAAACUUCAAAAAGACCCAGUUGUUAGUUGGAAGCAAUCGCGAUGAGAGUAUUUAUUUUCUAACGUAUCAAUUACCUGUAAGUUUUUGUUGUUUUCAACUUUCAAAAAAUCAAUAAAUUAAUUUAUAGGAAAUUUUCCCGGUGAAAGAUUUUUUUGAGAAAAAUGAGUUUGUGAAAGAUCGAAGUAUUUGGAUCAAAGGUGUUAAAGAUCUGUUGCCCAGACAGAUUUUGAAAUGUCAAUUAACGUUGGCAGCAGUUUUACAUGAAUAUGAACCAGCCAAUUUUCCAGGUUUGUAGAAAUUUAGCAUUGAAACAAUGAAAGCAGAGAAUAUUUUCAGUUUCCCCUCGAGAUUGGUUAAACGCAAUGGAUAAGAUGUUAGGAGAUUAUCAUUUUACAUGCAGUGUUAAUGAAAUGGCUUUGGCACACACCAAACACGGUGGUGAUACUUUCUAUUAUUAUUUCACACAUAGGUUAGUUUUUUUUACUGGAUCUGAAAUUAAAACACAAAAUAUAUACAUUGACCACACACGGGGUUGUUAUCAGUACAUAAAAAUAUAUGACGUCUUUUGUUAGAAGUUUGAAUACAACUCUGAACUUUUUUGAAUAUUAAUGGGCCACAGACAACAAUAAUUAAUCUAUUGGCGUCGUGGGUGAUCCGGAAUAAAAAGUAACAUUUUUCAUGACUUUUUGAUAUCAAACAAACAUUCUUAUCCUCAAGCUGUCAUAGUAAGGUAAAAAUAUAUUUCAUCAUAUUCGUCUCGAAACCCCACAUACUUAUAAUAAUAUUUCCAAGUUCUCAUUCACCAACCAAAAUUCUUUGUACUUUGAUAAAAAAAUCAAGGUUUAAAUUUCCGAUAAUGAUGAAAUCGACCUCUCUGAAAAUUUUUGAUUUUUGAUUUAUUUUUUUCUUAUCAAAAACGGGAACAUUUUCAGAGCAAGUGCUCAAACUUGGCCUGAAUGGAUGGGUGUUUUACACGGUUAUGAGAUCAAUUUCAUUUUCGGAGAACCGUUUAAUCGAGAACGUUUCAAUUACACAGAUGAGGAGAGAGAAUUGAGCACAAGAUUCAUGAAAUAUUGGGCCAAUUUUGCUAGAACUGGGUUAGUUUCUCUUCAGUUAAACAUAAAAAUCAAAAUGCUGAUCUUUAAAUUAUUUCUAGUGAUCCAAACAAAAAUGAAGAUGGUUCAUAUACAGCUGAUGUUUGGCCAAAAUAUAAUCCAACAUCUAUGGAAUAUAUGAAUAUGACCGUUGAAUCAUCAUAUCCAAGGAAACAUCAAAGAAUCGGACAUGGUCCAAGGAGGAAAGAAUGCAAUUUUUGGAAAGGGUAUUUGCCAAACUUAAUGGCGGCUGUUGGUAAGUUUUAGUUUUGGGAAUGAGAAGAUGUUGAAUGAAAGAAAACAUUUUCAGCUGAUGUUGGUGAUCCGUAUCUUGUUUGGAAACAACAAAUGGAUAAAUGGCAGAAUGAGUUGAUUACGGAUUGGCAGUAUCAUUUUGAACAAUAUAAAAGGUAUGCAAAUUGUAAAGGGUGAACAUUCCUCAUUUGGAAAAUGAGAGGAAGGUUUGAAAUAUUGUAAAUAGAAAUGAACCAGUUAGGGAAAUAUCAGGGUGCCGUUUUUUUAAUAUUCGUAUUUGACUGUGAAUGACACAAGUUAAGAUCAUUUUAAAGAACUUCAACACCUUUGAUUUUCAGCAAAAAUAUCCUAAUUCCAUAUUCGUUAUUUUUGCAGAUAUCAAACAUAUAGACAAUCGGAUAGUGAAACAUGCAAUGGCUGA